AUGGCUGUCAUGUCGUUGGCAUCUGCCGGUACUGGUGUGGAUUCUAUUAUCAAAUUCUUAUCGACUACAGCGGGUCGUGACAAGUUUAAUCGGUUUAUACAGUUUUUUACACGAUUUCUCAUCUCCUUUGGCGAAAAGCGAGGAUUCAGCAAAGAGUUAUUGGCCCGACUAACUGCGCUAAUGAAUGCGACGUCUCAAGCUAGAAAACUCAUGUUUCUUGGUCGCCAAGUCGAGUUUAUUCGAAGUGCACAAAAGGCUCUUUCAUUACAGGAUGAAAUCGUUCGUUUGGCCGUAUUUUCCAAAAGCAUUUUUUUGUCACUUUGGUUAAGCUGCGAUUUUAUGCUUUGGAUUCAUACGGUUGGUAUUGCCAAAUUUGAUACAAUCAAAGACAUCACACGUCGUAGCAACAGAUUCUGGCUAUGCUCACUUGUUGCUUCACUCAUGGGAACAGUCUACAAACUUCGCAAUAUCAAUCAUCGCUCGGCUCAAGAAAUCAAGGUUUACAAGGCAAUUGUUUCCAACAAACUUACUGACGAGGCAGUCAGCACAGUCGAUAAAACAAUAUCGAAAUUGAACAGUGAAAGAAAGGCACUUUUUAUUUCAGCUAUACAAGACAGUAUUGACUUGCUGAUUCCAGCAACUGGAUUGGGAUACAUAACUGUUGACUCUGGUGUAAUUGGUAUUGCUGGCGCUAUUACUUCCUUGAUUGGUGCCUAUUCAUUAUACAAAUAG